UUUCCACCAAACUUGCAUGGCUUCAGUGGAAACCUAACAAUUCGGGAGUGGGGAGGCUAAGCGGCCGAGGUUCCAGAACAACGUCUGGCACCUUCUAAAAGUUUAACAAUGAACCAGCCUCUAAAAUUAAGGUUUCAUGAAACCAAGGCGCUUUCUUUCGUGAAGGAAUUCCGUUGGCAACAUCUUCGCAGCGAUGACCCGCUUUCUGGAACCCCUGCCCAGCGCCCCGUUCAUUUUAGUCCUCCCCUCACGCUCCCACCUCUCCUCUCCCAUUGUUUCGACCUACUCCCGCUAAGGCAAGCUGGGAAGUGUAGUUGCACGCCCUGCUGCCUGAGUCGGUUAGGUAGCUCUAAAAACUAACUCCACAACAGCUCAAUGGAUUUUCGAGAGGUGGGGUAAAGCCUGGAAAGCUCAGCCGGUUUAUCCGACGAGCAAUCUGGGAUUUGCAGUUUCCAGCGCCCGAAGUGGGCCAGCUAGCAGAGAGCUCUUGGACUCUAAUCCCGCCCCACUCCCCGAGUCUCGCGCAUCCUGAUGGCGUCACGCGGCCCCGCGAGGUCUCUGGGAUACAUGGUAGUCCUCAAGGCGGGUCUCACUCUUGGCCGCUGCAACUUGAGGACUAUACUUCCCAGGAGGCAGCGCGGCGGCGCGCCGAGAACCACCCGAGGCCGUGAUUGGCUGGUGAGCCGGCCGCACGCGGAGGAGCCUGAGGAGCAGCUCUGUUGCGACAGAGGCCGAGCAGCGAGGCCCAGCUCCCUGAAACAACAGUAACCUACCCCUGUGGGUCAUCAUCAUGCCCUCCGACCUGGCCAAAAAGAAGGCAGCCAAAAAGAAGGAGGCUGCCAAAGCUCGACAGCGGCCCAGAAAAGGACAUGAAGAAAAUGGAGAUAUUGUCACAGAACCACAGGUGGCAGAGAAGAAUGAGGCCAAUGGCAGAGAGACCCCAGAAGUAGAUUUGCUGACCAAGGAGCUAGAGGACUUUGAGAUGAAGAAAGCUGCUGCUCGAGCUGUCACUGGCGUCCUGGCCUCUCACCCCAACAGUACUGAUGUUCACAUUAUCAACCUCUCACUCACCUUUCAUGGUCAAGAGCUGCUCAGUGACACCAAACUGGAAUUAAACUCAGGCCGUCGUUAUGGCCUCAUUGGUUUAAAUGGAAUUGGAAAGUCCAUGCUGCUCUCUGCUAUUGGGAAGCGUGAAGUGCCCAUCCCUGAGCACAUCGACAUCUACCAUCUGACUCGAGAGAUGCCUCCUAGUGACAAGACACCCUUGCAUUGUGUGAUGGAAGUCGACACAGAGCGGGCCAUGCUGGAGAAAGAGGCAGAGCGGCUGGCUCAUGAGGAUGCGGAGUGUGAGAAGCUCAUGGAGCUCUACGAGCGCCUGGAGGAGCUGGAUGCUGACAAGGCAGAGAUGAGGGCCUCGCGGAUCUUACAUGGACUGGGUUUCACACCUGCCAUGCAGCGCAAGAAGCUAAAAGACUUCAGUGGGGGCUGGAGGAUGAGGGUUGCCCUUGCCAGAGCCCUCUUUAUUCGGCCUUUCAUGCUGCUCCUGGAUGAGCCUACCAACCACCUGGACCUAGAUGCUUGCGUGUGGUUGGAAGAAGAACUGAAAACUUUUAAGCGCAUCUUGGUCCUCGUCUCCCAUUCCCAGGAUUUUCUGAAUGGUGUCUGUACCAACAUCAUUCACAUGCACAACAAGAAACUGAAGUAUUAUACGGGUAAUUAUGAUCAGUAUGUGAAGACGCGGCUAGAGCUGGAGGAGAACCAGAUGAAGAGGUUUCACUGGGAGCAAGAUCAGAUUGCACACAUGAAGAACUACAUUGCGAGGUUUGGUCAUGGCAGUGCCAAGCUGGCCCGGCAGGCCCAGAGCAAGGAGAAGACGCUACAGAAAAUGAUGGCAUCAGGACUGACAGAGAGGGUCGUGAGCGAUAAGACACUGUCAUUUUAUUUCCCACCAUGUGGCAAGAUCCCUCCACCUGUCAUUAUGGUGCAAAAUGUGAGCUUCAAGUAUACAAAAGAUGGGCCUUGCAUCUACAAUAACCUAGAAUUUGGAAUUGACCUUGACACACGAGUGGCUCUGGUAGGGCCCAAUGGAGCAGGGAAGUCAACUCUUCUGAAGCUGCUAACUGGAGAGCUACUACCCACAGAUGGCAUGAUCCGAAAACACUCUCAUGUCAAGAUAGGGCGUUACCAUCAGCAUUUACAAGAGCAGCUGGACUUAGAUCUCUCGCCUUUGGAGUACAUGAUGAAGUGCUACCCAGAGAUCAAGGAGAAGGAAGAAAUGAGGAAGAUCAUUGGGCGAUACGGUCUCACUGGGAAACAACAGGUGAGCCCAAUCCGGAACUUGUCAGACGGGCAGAAGUGCCGAGUGUGUCUGGCCUGGCUGGCCUGGCAGAACCCCCACAUGCUCUUUCUGGAUGAACCCACCAAUCACCUGGAUAUCGAGACCAUCGACGCCCUGGCAGAUGCCAUCAAUGAGUUUGAGGGUGGUAUGAUGCUGGUCAGCCAUGACUUCAGACUCAUUCAGCAGGUUGCACAGGAAAUUUGGGUCUGUGAGAAGCAGACAAUCACCAAGUGGCCUGGAGACAUCCUGGCUUACAAGGAGCACCUCAAGUCCAAGCUGGUGGAUGAGGAGCCCCAGCUCACCAAGAGGACCCACAACGUGUGAGCCCUCUACCUGGGCCCAGGUCAGGAGCUCCAUCUGGGAACUAACAGCUGCUAACCUGACCAGCCGCUCAGGACAGGACCCUGGGGCUACACUCCUGCAUUGCUGCAAUACUGCUCCCCCAGCCUCUCCCCUGCCCCUCAACCUGCCUUAGCUGCACUCUCUUAUCCACAGCCGGACAGUACCUGUCUGUUUCCUGUCCUCCUUCCAGUUACAUCUGUCCAUAUCCGGACUCGGCUGGCCGUUCCCUCCAGCCCCUUGCUGGUUAUCUUACUCUGAGUGUGAUGCAGUCAGAGGCACCUGCGGGUUAGCCCAAGGGCCCAAGCCCUGGAUUUGGCCCGCGGAGGAGCUUAGGAUCCUCGUUUUCUGGGUUUUGGUGAUGUUGGAGGAGUACCCCCCCAUCCCACCGCCCCGAUUCCUUUUUGCUUCUGGUUUGGAGCUCUGGACCAGGACCUUCGUCCUGGUCAGUUUUUAAAUAAUUAUUUAGCAGUGUAACUUUUAGACCUGCGUGACAUCUACAAAGCGCCCAAUAAAGAAAGAGGAAGCCACGGUCCCUACCUUCCUUCUCGGGUCUCUGGGGCCUUCUCCUCCCUGCAGUGCGAACAUGCACUGCCCUCAGCAGGAGCUGGAUCCAGCAUCAGUGUGUGGAUGGGAACUGAAGACUAGUCCAUAGGAGCUGGAAGAACUUUAUCCCUUUACUUCUGAUUUGAAAUUGUACCUUUUCUCAGGCCUGUGAUUCACAGACUUUAACAUGAAUCAGAAUCACCUGGAGGGCUCAUGAGAUCGGAUUGCCAGAUCUCUCCUCAGCGUUUCUGGUUCAAUAGGUUUUGGGGGAGACCAAGAAUGUUAACAUUUCUAGCAAGUUUCCAGGUGAUGCUGUUGUUGCUGGUCUAGAGACUAUUUUGAGAACCACUGUCCAAGAGCAUGGUUUUCUGAUUGUGAGCUGAGGUUCUGCCCCAACUGCAGAGCAGUUGGGCUGCUUGUUAAAAAUGCAGGCCAGGUGCAGUGGCUCACACCUGUAAUCCCAGCGCUUUGGGAGGCUGAUGCAGGUGGAUCACUUGAGCUCAGGAGUUCAAGACCAGCCUGGGAAACAUGGUGAAACCCGUCUUUACGCGCCUGGAAUCCCACCUGCUCAGGUGGCUAGGGUGGAUGGAUCGCUUGAGCCCAGGAGGCGGAGGUUGCAGUGAGCUGAGAUUGCACCACUGCAUUCCACCCUGGGUGACAGAGCAAAACCCUGUCUCAAAAAAAUGCAGACUGGCCAGGCACAGUGGCUCACACCUGUAAUCCGACUGUAAGCUCAUCACCUUGGGAGGCCAAUGUAGGAGAAUCAAUUGAGCCCAGAAGUUCAAGACCAGCCUGGGCAAAGUAGGGAGACCCCAUCUCUACAAAUAAUAAUAAAACGAACCGGGCAUGGUGGCAUGUGCCUGCAGUCCCCGCUGCUCUGGAAAAGAGGAGGCUCACUUGAGCCCAGGAGGUUGAGGCUGUAGUGAGCAGAGCGUGCCACUACACUCCAGCCUGAGGACAGACCGAGACACUAUCUCAAAAAAAUAAAAAAAUUCAGAUUGCUGAGCA